AUGAGGUUUAGAAAGAGAGUUUUUGAAAUUGUAAAAGAGGAGGUUAGGUGGACUGGUGGGAGAGGGCAGUACAGCGUUGUGCGCGAGAAGCAAGCGAAGAUGAUGACUCUGGCGUCACCCUGCUCGUCCUCGCUCUCUCUACUUACCCGCGUAAAUGGCGGCCCACUCCUUCUCUCCCCUCUUCGUUUCCGCUUCUGCCCUCCCAGCAGACCUCCCAAGCUCUCCCCUCUCCUUCGCCCUCUUUCCAUGGCCGCCUCGUCCGCUCAGACUGUGUCGCCUGGAGAUCCCAAGAGCGAGGUCGAUGUUUUCCAAUUAGUUCAAGCUCAUCAGGAAAAGGCGGCCCGGCUUCCGCCUGUGGAGGAGAUCCGGACGGUGCUCGAUUGCAGUGUGCGCGGCAUGCUCUCCACGCUUUCUCAUAAAAUUGAUGGUUAUCCAUCUGGUUCAAUGGUUGACUUUGCUUGUGAUGCAGAUGGAUCUCCAAUACUAGCAAUCAGCAGCCUGGCAUACCAUUUUAAGGACCUUUUGGCUAAUCCCAAGUGCUCUCUUCUAGUUGCUAGAGAUCCUGAGGAUAGGACUGAUUUGGUGAUCACUCUGCACGGUGAUGCUGUCAGUGUCCCUGAAAAAGAUACAGAAAGUGUCCGUGCUGCAUAUCUGUCAAAGCAUCCAAAUGCAUUUUGGGUUGAUUUUGGUGACUUCCAAUUUAUGCGCAUUGAACCAAAAGCCGUGCGAUAUGUUUCUGGCGUGGCAACAGCUUUGUUAGGUUCCGGAGAGUUUACCAGGGAGGAAUUCAAGGCUUCAAAAGUGGACCCGAUCGCACAGUUUACUAAGCCUGUUACGUCUCACAUGAAUAGGGACCAUGCUGAAGAUACCAAGCUCAUUGUGAGACACUGGACCUCUAUUCCGGUUGACUCUGCUUACAUGCUGGAUCUGGAUAGCCUGGGCUUUAGUGUCAAGGCAACAUGUCAAGGAAGUAAUUUCAAGCUUCGAAUCCCUUUUCCGCGUCAAGCUGCAGAUCGGAAGGAUGUGAAGACCCUUGUAGUGGAAAUGCUUGAAGCUGCAAAGGCUCAAGACAAUUGACAGUGCGGUUAAAGGAUAAAGAGCGGCACAUGUCCUGGAUGCAGCUGACAAUAAGAAUUGCUUGGGGUGGUCAGAACGCAAUCUCUCGAUGCCGCAAAAGUUCUCUGUUGUCGUGAUAGAAAAUUUACAUGUAUAGUGUUACAUACUCAAUUCUACAAGUACAGGGACAAUGGCAUGCAAUGACACAACCGUUCUUCAUCAAUCUGUAAUUGAAAUAUAUACAUCUAUAUUGAUUUGAUAAAAGAGUCUUCAGGAUACAA